AUGGGAUUCUUCUCGCGCAUCAUCACAUUUUUCGGCCUUGUGCUGCUGGCUCAUGCAGGAUACUCCGCCCAUGAACACACAACGCUCUACAGCAACGUUGCUCGCACCGGCACUGCCGCAACUCCUACCAACAAUUUCGGCGCCGUUGUCCCCUUGGAUAUCACGCUUGAGGCAUUGAUCUCCGUGGUAUUGGUUUCGACCGGUCUUGUCCUGGGCGCUGAGAAACUGCAGCCUAUUACACAUGGAGCAUGGGCGGGCCAGAUUGAGAAGGAGGGUGGUGGGAAGAACCCAUAUAAGAAUUUGGAGAUUCGAUCUGGAUUUUGGGAUGUGAGGAAGAGCCGCCAGGAAUUUGCAGAUUGGAUGCGUGAGCAGGGGCAGACCAAGUCGUGA